AUGUGGGUGAACCUAGCCGUUCAGAUCCGAAGCCACCUUAACGGCCUCACGCUGUACAAGCCUCGCAUCCCCCGAAGCAAGACCAGUGGACUACAACAAUGGGUACCAGCCCACUGUGGUAUUGACGGAAAUGAACUAGCUGACAAGUUGGCAAAAGAGGCCCUGUCUCAUCAGAAACGAUCACCUAUCCCGUUCACUAAAGGAGAUGCAGUAAACCUGCUCAACAGCAAAACUAAAGUAUACGCGAAGAAACUCUGGCUGAAAACACUGCGAUCAGAAGAUUACAUCAAACACAUUGAUCCAGAGCUCAAGUAUUCCAUACCUGUCAACAUAAAACGGGAAUACACCACAUUGAUUCACCGCAUACGUCUCGGAGUCCUGCCAACCAACUCAGUCCUCUUCAAGCAGGGCAAAGCAGACUCUCCUGACUGCUCAACGUGUAUGCUUCCCGAUACCACCCACCAUGUCAUCACUCAGUGCAAGAAGUUCUCCAAAGAACGUGAACAAUUAGACAAGGAACUAAGAAAGCUUAGUCACACGCCUCUCACCUUUGCCAAGAUAAUGGGCAAUUGGAAUACAAGCUCAGAUCGAAAAAUUGCACUCAGUGUGCUGUGUGACUUCCUCAAAGAAACGCAAAUCGUGCAGAAAUAUUAG